AUGCUUGCGCGUGCUGUUCGGGCGCCUGUGCGCGAGCUCGGUGCGUUAAUUUGGGUUCUUUGCGGAAUCUGUGCGUUUAAUUUGGAUUUGGAGAAGCCGGCGGUGUAUAGUGGACCUCCUGGGAGUUAUUUUGGAUACUCGUUAGAUUUUUACCAUCCGACACAGGACAGAAAAGCGGUGUCUGUGCUGAUCGGGGCUCCUAAAGCAAACACCACCCAACCCGGGAUUGUGGAAGGAGGCGCAGUCUACUAUUGCUCCUGGCCCCCAUCCGAGCAGGACUCCUGCCAUCAGAUCCCUUUUGAUAAAGCAAAUAACCGGAUGAUUAAGGUUAAUGGGACACGGCAGCCGUUGGAGUACAAGUCUCACCAGUGGUUUGGAGCCACUGUCCGGACUCACAGGGGCAAAGUUGUGGCCUGUGCUCCUCUGUAUCACUGGCGUACAGUGAAGAUCAGUGGUGAGAUGGAUCCAGUGGGUACCUGUUAUGUAGCUGUGCAGAACUUUAGUGCCUACACCGAGUAUUCACCCUGCAGAACCAAUAAUCCAGAUCCUGAGGGACAGGGCUUCUGUCAAGCUGGAUUCAGUGUGGACUUCACCAAGGAUGGAACUUUAGUAGUAGGAGGACCAGGGAGCUUCUACUGGCAAGGUCAGGUGAUCACUGCAGGAGUGGCAGAGAUCCUAAAUGACUACUCUUUGAAGGCCAUUAUUCGAAAGGUGCAGGGAGAGAAACAGACCCCGGCCGCCUCAGAUGCCUAUGAUGACAGCUACCUAGGAUACUCUGUAGCGGUGGGGGAGUUCACUGGUGAUUCACAGCAAGAGCUGGUGGCCGGAGUUCCACGUGGGGCGCAGAACUUCGGAUAUGUUGCUGUGAUAAACUCCACCGAUCUCACCCUCAUUCAGAAUUUCACUGGAGAGCAGAUGGCUUCGUAUUUUGGAUAUACAGUGGCAGUGACAGACCUUAAUGGAGAUGGGUUGGAUGACGUUCUGGUUGGAGCCCCUCUCUACAUGGACCGUGAAUUUGAGAGUAAGCCGCGAGAGGUAGGCCGGGUUUACCUGUACCUACAGGAGGAUGCACUCCUCUUCUCCCCACCCAUCACCCUCACCGGUACACACCUGUUUGGACGUUACGGUAGUGCCAUCGCUCCUCUCGGAGACAUCAAUCAGGACGGUUUCCUCGACGUGGCAAUCGGUGCUCCUUUUGCUGGCGAGGACCGCGGAGGUCGAGUGUUUAUCUAUAACGGUCAGACGUCAAGCUUAAGGCUGGAGGCCUCACAGGUGCUCAGAGGAUCUUGGGCCUCAUCUGCAGUCCCAGCAGGCUUUGGGUUCACGCUGCGUGGCGAUUCGGAUCUGGACAACAAUCAGUAUCCUGAUCUGAUUGUUGGGGCUUUUGGAGCUGACAAGGUGGUGGUGUAUAGAGCAAGACCGGUGGUUACAGUGGAUGCUCAGCUCAUCCUGACUCCCAAAAUCCUCAACCCGGAGGACAAGACCUGCCGCAUGCCCAACUCUGACGUCAUGGUUCCCUGCCUCCGAGUUGAUAUCUGUGCCAAAGUCUCAGGUACUGGAAUCCCAGAAAGUGUUGCUCUGAACAUGGAGAUGCAGCUGGAUCGGCUGAAGCGGCGAGGUGCAGUGAAGCGAAUUCUGUUUCUUGAUAUAAAUCAACACCACCGCUCACAGCAGCUGAUCCUGAGCCAACGAGAUCGCCAAAAAUGUAUCAACCACACUGUUUACCUGCGGGAUGAAGGGGAAUUUAGGGAUAAGCUGAGUCCAAUCAGUGUGUCUCUGAACUACAGUCUGGAUCAGAUUUCUCCUCUACCCGGCCUGCAGCUGCGACCCAUACUCGAUCACUACAGCCAAACGUUUCACGACCAACAGGCUCACAUCCUGUUGGACUGUGGAGACGACAACAUGUGUAUUCCAGAUCUCAAACUCUCUGCUAAGAUGGACAGAAGAGAGCUGCUGAUUGGGGAUGACAACCCUCUGAUGCUUACCAUCAAGGCAACCAAUCAGGGUGAAGGUGCGUACGAGGCCGAGCUUGUGGUACGCGUACCGCCAGAAGCAGACUACAAUGGUGUGGAGCGCAGACGAGAGGACCUUCAGUUUGUGAAUUGUGAGCACAGGACCGAAAACGAAACCCAGUUGGUUGUCUGUGAUCUGGGAAACCCAAUGGUGGCUGGAGCUAAUGUUUCUGUUGGAUUGAGAUUCUCUGUGAGGAGAUUGGAAGAUGCUGAAGCUCAUAUUGGCUUUGAGUUGCAAAUACACAGCACCAAUAAAGAUAACCCGAGAAGUAACCCUGUGAAUCUGACUUUGAACGUGGUAGCCCGAGCUCAAGUGGACAUUAGAGGUGUAUCUCACCCAUCUCAAGUAGUUCUACCUUUUCCUCACUGGGAGCCAAAAGAGAAACCAGUCAGAGAGGACGACAUUGGGCCUCAGGUCCAGCACAUCUAUGAGUUGCACAACAAAGGUCCCAGUUCCAUAAGUGAAACUAUAUUGGAAAUCGGCUGGCCCAGUCGGCACCGAGAAGAGCACUUACUCUACGCCAUGCAGAUCAUCACAGACGGACCAAUUCAGUGCCACCUUAAUGACUCCCUUAACCCACUAGACCUUGAGACCUCCACUCUACAGGACACACCAGAGCUGCUAGGUUUUCUGCACAACAGUAGUGGACCGAAACGCCACAAGCGAUCUGUUACCACCACACAGAGCUACAGCAGCAAAACACUGAACUGCACUAAUAUUCAUUGCUUGAUGCUGAAGUGCACUGUGGGGCUUUUGGUUCGAGGACAGAGUGCGGUGGUUAAAAUCCGGUCAAGGCUGUGGGCUCACACCUUCUUACAGAGGCAAAAUGACCCCUACCUGGUCAACUCUACCAUUUCCUUCCAAGUAAUAGGCAUGCCGUACCGCGUUCGACCUCAUACACUGCCACAUCAGAGUAACUCAAUUGGUACGUUUGUGGUUUGGGCGAUUCCUGAUCUGUCCUUUGCCAUUCCUCUGUGGGUGAUUAUUCUGGCUAUUCUGCUGGGACUGCUGGUACUCGCCAUUCUAACCCUGGCUAUGUGGAAGUGUGGAUUCUUCGAUCGAGCACGACCACCAAAAGAUGAUGACAUCUCAGACAGGGAGCAGCUCACGUCUGGGUAAUCAGCAGAGGCAUAAAGGAGAAAACGCAACUAAAAAAUGUGGUAAAGCUAGCCAUGAAGACAUUGGUGAGCUUUGUUUGUGUGCAAGAGGGUUACGAGGACCUGAGUUAUGGAUCCGACUCUCCAAAUGAACUACAUCUCCAACGUUGAAUCAGAGAUCUGCUGGAUCUGUGAGCUGGACUGUACGGCUGCUCCUGCAAAGCUUUAUUUAAAUUAGGCAGAGCCACUUUUUUGGAUCAGCGGUGCCUUGUGUCUUUAUAGAGGCAGGAUGGCAAAAAGUAAGAACUAAAUCAGUCAUGACACGCUGAGACUGAUGGAUGCACACAGUGUACUGCUGAGAGGAGAGGACUUCCCUGCACUUAUUCAGUGUUACAACUGUAAAACUGCUGUUGGAUUCUCCAUUCUGCACCAGCUAUAAUGCAGACACGUUUUUUAAUUGCUCAUCCUUAUUAGUUUUUACAAUUUUAACAUCAGAAAACCUUCUCUGGAUGCCUUUCCUACUAGAGCUCCUGUACUCUUGUAUACACACAGUCCUGCACAACAGCAUCUGCACCACUAUCUUUAAUUAAGGAUUGUAUUUUUGUAGUACUUUAACAGCUGAUCAUUUCAGGUUGCAAGAGGUACACAGUAAGGCCAAAAGUAUGUGGACAACUGACCUCCCCCCUCUAUAUGUGGUAAGAAUUUCUACCUAUUUGGUCAGAAAAACAUUUGUGACAUUUGUUAAGCAGGGCUAGGAUCAGGUUUCUUUGUGGGCCACUGGAGUUCCUUCACAACUAACUCAUCAUCAUCAUAUCUUUGAGGUCCUCCGUAAACAAGGGUACAUUCACACUGGAAAAGAAAAGGUUAUAUAAAGUAUAUAAUUUAUUUUUACAAAAUUGACUAUAUCCAUCUAUAUUGACUAUAAACGAUGAGUGUGUCUGAAAAAUUAAAGCUCAGUAAAAAGGAGGGGCGUCCACAUACUUUUAACCAGUAGUGUAUAUGAAUUAUUUGUGUAUGUGCAAUAUUGCAACAUUUUUGAGUUGCUGAAAUCAUUUGUACACUGGCUCUUGUUUUGUUGAAUUUAAGGUUUAGCUUGUUUUGUAUAUAACGUUCACAGAGACUUAUAUUAAGCGAAUGACUGAUGUAUGAUUAAUGCCAACUCAUAAAGGGAACACAUUUUCAUCCUUGUAUGUAGUUCUCUGAAGUUUCUUCUUUCAGCAGAACCUUACAUUUUAUUAAAAGUUGAGAUUUGUGUUAAAAUGUUGCCCAAUAUCAUUGUAAUGGUCAAUAGCCAAGUCUUAUCUAGUCAUGAUCACAGUACUGAGGUUAAACCUGAGUUUACAUUUUAAGAACAAUGUCACCUGCAAAUAAAUUUUGUACAGAAUUA